AUGUCUGUACCCCCUGUGAUGGGGCUGCGGGCCCCUCUGUUUGCUGCAGCAGCGCAGCGUGCUGCAGCAGUGCUGCAGCAGGGGGAUGAUAGUGAAGCAGCAGCAGCAGCAGCAGCAGCAGCAGCAGGAGCAGCAACAGCAACAGGAGCAGCAGCAGCAGCAGACGCAGCAGCAGCAGCAGCAGCAGACCCCACAACGUGGCGCGCCCUCCAGUGCCCCCACCACCCAGAUGAGCCCGCUCUUUACGCCUGCAUGGAUUGCAAGUAA